UUGAGGUGUAAGGAACUGAAACAGUUAGUUUUAGCAAAUGAAGCUAAUGUCGAUCUGUGGAAGCGACUCCGCUGGACUGUGGAACAAAUGUAACGCCUGUUCGUUUGCAUUUCCACUGUAAUGUCGGCUCCUUCAUCCGUUCAAGGGGACUUUCUCGCUCGCAUAUGGUGUCUUCUUCUCGUUGAACGGUGUAGCAGUCUCCAUGGCGACCAGCGCUGUUCCCGGGGACAACCUGCCCACCUAUAAGUUGGUGGUGGUGGGGGAUGGAGGCGUGGGUAAGAGCGCACUCACCAUCCAGUUCUUUCAGAAGAUCUUUGUCCCAGACUAUGACCCCACCAUCGAGGACUCCUACCUCAAGCAUACUGAAAUAGAUGGACAGUGGGCCAUUCUGGAUGUUCUGGACACAGCAGGUCAGGAGGAGUUCAGCGCUAUGAGAGAACAGUACAUGCGUACUGGAGACGGCUUCCUCAUAGUCUUUUCAGUGACGGACAAAGCCAGCUUUGAGCAUGUGGACCGCUUCCAUCAGCUUAUACUGAGAGUUAAAGAUAGGGAGUCGUUCCCAAUGGUCCUUGUUGCUAAUAAAGUGGACCUGGUGCACUUGCGGAAAAUCACGAGUGAACAGGGAAGAGAGAUGGCAAUGAAGCACAGCAUUACGUAUAUUGAAACAAGUGCAAAGGAUCCUCCCAUGAAUGUUGAUAAAGCAUUCCAUGAGCUUGUGAGAGUGAUUCGGCAACAGGUUCCAGAGAGGGCUCAAAAGAAGAAGAAGAAAACAAAAUGGCGAGCAGACAGACCAUCAGGCUCGGCCAGGCUUCACUGUGUCCUACUCUGACUGUUUCUGUCUCUCUCCGGGGCACGUCAACAAUGCGAUGAUGGCUCGGACUGUUAACACACACAUGUAAACAUGCACUGCCCCUCUGAUGUAAUACUACUGCACACAGGUUGAAUAUAUAUACAUAUAUAUAUACCAGGGUUUUGGCAAGUUUCACUUAAAUCCAGCCAGUUCAGAGGAUGAAUUGUCUUUAGGUGAUUUCUGUUUAACGAGCCUUGGUCUCACUGUCCAGUCAGUGUUGUGAGUGGUAAAGUGUUAUAAAGGUCCAGUUGGCCGUUUUUUAACUAAAGAAAUACGUAUGAUGUAUUGUUCAAUUGCCAGUCUUCUAAUCUCCUAAACUGGCUGUUGAAUCCCUGGAAGGUAGUCCAGGAACCAAGCGCUGUUUGACUGCUGGCUCUCUCAGAGAACAACUCAAAGACAUCCCUAAUGAGGCCUUGUUUUUGUACGAAUUUGUACCUCAUGUUCGUCCCGUUAUUGUAAAUGAAUCCUUUAACAGCACAAGGAUUUGUUAAAGUGGAGUGUUGGAGCUUCUGUCUGUUCCGAGGAGCAGCUCAUAGACCUGUACUGGAAUCACUGGCUGCCUUUGAGUCAAAAAGUGCACAGGUGGACUUGUUCUACGUACAGAGGCGGACUGAACGUUUCCAUUCAUUCCAAUAGCAUCUGCUCAGGAGUGCAAAUUUGUGCAGAAUUCACUGCUCUACUCAAAGCCAUCUUGUUGAUUUCAUACCCAACUUCUCAGUCAUAGAUUUUGCAUUAAUGAAACGCUUGGGAAGUUGCUCGCAUGCUUGAGAACCAAAUUAAAAGAAGAACCAGGAAAUUAGUCUCAGCUUAAAGACAGCAGCAUUGCUUUGACCUACUGCACAAUUUAGCAUUAGCCAGCAGAAAGGUCAUUUAGCUACGAGUUAAAUAGCUGUUGUUUACUGCCCAAAUGCAAAUGACACCAAUCAGAAAUAACUAAAUGCAUCCAUUUUGCUAGAAACCAUGGUCAACCAUUUGUGCUAAUAGCUAGUAAGAGGGGAAUAAGAGAGCAACAGACAUGUUCCACUGCUGAGAAGGCAAGGGAUUAUUGCUGACAUUCAUGCAGUUCUAGAUUCUAUUUGCACAUCAGAUACCAUCUCACUUGAGAAAUCAUAGCAGAUUCAGGUUUUAACCCAAUCCACAUGUCUAAAACAGCGGUCACCAACCCUGAUCCUGGAGAUCCACCUUCCUGCUGUGUCUAGUUCAAAACACCAUCUGCGACACCUGAAUGGAAAAACAAUGGAAAGAAGUAGCUAAAAUGUGGUGUCUGUGUGCUGCUUCGAAUUACCCUGUAAAACCAGAAAUAAUCAUUUAAAUUCAGGGUCUGUUUGGAUUCUGUGGGAGAUUUUUGGACCACGUCAUACGUCUUUAUUUAUUAAAAUAACACAAACAAUCGACCGACUCAAUGUUCAGGUCUCAAAUGUAAAAUGAACAUUAUACUGAAUUCACUCGCAUCCUCAGAAGGUCCUUGGGUCCUGAGUUCUUCUUGAAUGCUCUUACGCGCUUGCAAUCAUCAGAUCCGUGAGCUUGGUGAAGGGGUCCAAUGCACAACGGACGUUACAAAAUCUUCUUCCACACGUUGCCUGCAAUUACAAAUUUUCACCAGAGAGGUCUCCAAAUCAAAAACUUGCACAGUAUAGCUUUUUUUUUUGGAGUUCACAGUUCGCAACACUUUAGUGAUUGUUUAACUUUAUUUAGGCUUUUCAUUCAUUUGCGGGAUCUCUCUUCAUGAGUGUUUCAUCCAUCACCUGCCUCACCUGCGCACUGAAAAUUAGUCCUGCGCCACAAGAUAUUGUGGCAGGCCCAGUGGGAAUCCCACAGGCGUGCAGAACCGUAGUUCACAGUUCAAGUCAUACUGUGUCCUAAACUACACUGACAAGUAUGCGCAACCUUAAUGAAAACCUGGAUGCGGUUUAAUCGCGUUGAGAGAUGUUUUGGAGAUGUAGUUAGAGAAAAAAUUUGGGUGACUUUUGACUUCUAAUGCUAGUCUCUUAAUUGCACUGCUAAACUAAAUGAGCAAAAUGUGGACACCAAACAUGUCUAGGUUGAUGAACUACAUGGGGGAUAGUGGAAAAUCAAGUCCAUUUGUUUGUUGCCAAACCAUUACUUUGGAGAGCAGUGGAUUGGGCCUAACCUCAGUGGGAAAAGUAGAUCUGCGAGAGGAGGACUGGUGACCACUGGUAUAAAACAACAUAGCAAGAAGUUACAUUUGAUUGCUAGGCAGUUUCCAGCCACUGCUGCCCCCGACAUGAGAAAACUUCCACUGCCUGUAGGUUUGGUGGGGUCUUGCAUUGUUAACAGCUUAUCAAAGCCCAAAAUGAGUGUUGCCACUUUUUCCCUCUUUUUCUACUGUAUGUUCGCUGGAUUGAUGGUGGAUUAUACACCAAGGGAUUGUUGUACCAAAAUGCUAGCGUAACUACUAUAGCCAUGCAACAUUUGACACAAGAUCAAGAUUUUGCACUGCUAAAUGUCAUCCAUUGUUAACCACUUUAGAGAAGCGGUUUUGUUGUAGGCUAAUUGUACAAUGACAAUAGAGGAAUUAUUCUAUUCUAUUUCUAGUCAAACUAUCCCCAAGGAAGAAAUGACCGUUUUCUGUGCUGGGCUUUGCAGAGUUCUAGUGCAGCUUUUGCUCAAAGAACUAAAUACUAACUCUACUUCUUGAUACACUGGCCUUGUAGGGCAGGAUCAACUCAUAUUUCAGUUCUUUUGUUCACUUACAUAUCUAGGGCAGUUAAGCAAUAGUUCUGCAUCUUCAGCAGUUUCUUUAAACAUUACAUAUCUCAGAAAGGUGCCCACAUAGACGUUUGCUGAGUAAUUCUUGAAUUUGUCAGUGAAAGAAGCAGCGUAACAAAUGCUUUGUCAGUGCACAAGUUACCAUUACAUUUUUCUUUCUUGUACAAUAAUUGACCAACCAAGAAUCUUGAUGUAUUUUUGUUCGUCUUGAAAGCAUUGUCACUUUAUGUUGGCUUGUAAAACUGUGUAAAAGUGUCUCUUGUAUUGACUUUGAAAAGGCUUUUUUCAAGUGUUUGAAUGUAAAGUUUGCCGAUUUUAACCGCAUUUCGAGCCAGAAGAGCUAUUCAUAACAGCGGCUGUUUUUUUUUUUCUUUGUGAGGUUUACCGUACGUGAUGUGAGUGUAUAUUGUUCUCUUCUACUUCGCUCAAGGGACACAUUUUAUCUUGGGAAUAAAACUUUUUUCUUUUUUUUAAACCCAUUUUUUUUUCUAACUUUUUUUUUUUUUAAGGUUUGAGGACAGAAUGUCAAUGCGCUGUAUUUGCAACCUCAUUAGAAUGUGCAAGAAAUGUGGCUGAUAGGUGGAUCUAGUAAUCAUUUUGCUACUGUUUUUGUACUUAAGUAAUUUAUUAUUAAUAAUUAUUCGUGUUCUCUUACCAUAUUUGUAUUACAAGCAUAGACACCAACACAGGCUAUGAAUUAAAAGAAGGGAAUUUUUGCAAAGAAACGUAAGAAUUUCUAAACUAUAAGAUAAAGAAUAAAAAGGCAUUAUGACAAGCUA